AUGUUCUCCAGGGCAGUUGCAUCGGCUUUCCGUCCCGUCUCGCGGCCAAACUUUUUGCGCCCCGUUCGUUCGGCCCUUCAGUUUCCUUCGGGACCCUCCAUCCCUUCUGUUCUCCAUGCCCGUCUUCUCUCUAACGAGACCCGGACCGCCAUCGAUAAGGCGGUUGCCUCCGCCCCCGUCGUUUUGUUCAUGAAGGGUACUCCCGAGACACCACAGUGCGGCUUCUCCCGUGCUAGCAUUCAGAUCCUCGGCCUGCAGGGUGUUGACCCUAAGAAGUUUGUUGCUUUCAACGUUUUGGAGGAUGCGGAGCUACGCUCAGGUGUGAAGGAGUACUCCGAGUGGCCGACUAUCCCCCAGCUAUACCUUGAGAAGGAGUUCAUUGGUGGAUGUGAUAUCUUGAUGUCCAUGCACCAAAAUGGUGAGCUUGCCAAGCUCCUUGAGUCCAAGGGUGUCUUGGUUGCGGCGGAUGAAUAA